CCAUGACCUUCCACCCCCUGUCGCUCCGCCUCAUCGACGCGCCGGAGUUCCAGCGACUCCGGAACCUGAAGCAACUCGGCUUCUGCUACUGGGUCUUCCCGGCGGCGAGCCACAACAGGUUCGAGCACAGCCUCGGCACCGGUUUCCUGGCGCGCAAGAUGGCCGAGGAGCUCCAGAGGAAACAGUCGCUCGACAUCACGCCGGAAGACCUGCUGUGCGUGGAGAUCGCCGGGCUCUGUCACGAUCUGGGGCACGGCCCGUUCUCGCACUCCUGGCAGCGGUUCGUCCGAGCCUACGGGAGGGCCAAGGGGCUGCCGCGACUGCAGAGGUGGAAGCACGAGCAGAUGAGUCCGCUCCUGCUGCAGCACAUCAUCGACAGGAACGAUCUGAUGCCCGAGUUCAGAGCUUCGAACCUGGGCGAAGACCACGUCGGGUUCAUCAAGAGUCUCAUGGAUGGGACCGGGAACGAUCACCCGUUCUGGGAGAAGAAGAGCUUCCUCUGGGACAUCGUCGCCAACAAGAGAAACGGGAUCGACGUGGACAAGUGCGACUACUUCCUCCGGGACUCGCACCUCCUGGGCCUCCAGAACACAUUCGAGUACGGGCGGAUGAUCGAGCUCGCCCGCGUCCUCCUCGUCCCCGGCCAGGGCCUGCGCGUCUGCUUCCCGAAGAAGGAGGCCAGCAACCUGCUGGACAUGUUCUACCAGCGGGCUCAGUUCUUCCGGCGGGCGUACAUGCACAGGGUGACCUGCGUCCUCGAGUCCAUGUUCAUACGGGCCAUGCUGAAGGCAAACGACGCAUACAGGAUCCCAGUCGGUUCAGAGACUUCCUCGUCCCUGGCCGAAGCGUGUCUCUCGCCGGAGGCCUUCGUGCAGCUCGACGACUCCAUUUUCUGGGCGAUACUCCACAGCAACGAUCCUAGUCUGGGGGACGCUGCGCGCAUCCUCGAGCGCAUGCAGACAAGAAAGCUGUACCGCGUCAUCAAGGAAGCGAUCAUCCCGCAACAGGCAGUGACGCAGGAAGCAGUGGCGCAGCAGGCAGUGACGCAGGCAUGUCCCUCUCCUGAGCGCGUUUUCAUGAUGUUUAGGGAGGCAUUGGAGAGUCAUUUUCGUUCCCUAUUGCCCAUUUUCGUGAGGGAUGAGGACUACUCUGUCUAUCACAUUAUGGUGGAUUUCGGAAAGCUCGAAGAAUACCCACUGAGAAACGUUUCUUUCUACUCCAAGGAUUCCCCAGAUACUCCUCUUCAGCUCAAAGACGAUAGCCUGUUCCUCGUCCCCAAACGAUUUCUGGAGCGGAAAGUUCUGCUUCUUUCCUGCACCGAAGACGAAAAGAUCAACAGAGACCUCGAGAAUGCCUUUUCGAUGAGCAUCGGAAAAUUCGGCUUGAUCGAAGACUUGUUCAAGGUCGUACCACAACAGCCAGAGCAUUGA